AGCGCUCGCCGCGGCCCUUCUCCGGUGGGAGCGAGAGCUGCGCGUCCCUGGUCAGCAUGGCCCCCGGGCCGGCCCUCGGCAUGUGUUUCCUGGCUUCGGUGGUUCUGAACGCUGAUGCUUCCUCCUUCAGCAGCUGGUGGAACCUGGUGCCCAGGAAGACGGUGUCCUACAACGAACUGAAAGGAGUGACAAAGCGUUUCUCCAGGGCGGGAGUGUCCAACUACACAACGCUGACGUUGGCCGACGCCAAAGGGCUGCUCUACGUGGGCGCUCGAGAAGCCAUCUUCGCCCUCAGCACCAGCAGCAUGGAGCUGGAGGAAGCGAUCCUUUGGGAAGCCCCAGCAGAGAAGAAAGCAGAGUGUAUCCAAAAGGGCAAAAGCAAUCAGACGGAUUGUUUCAACUACAUCAGUUUCCUGCAGACUUACAAUAGCUCUCACAUGUACACCUGCGGGACGUACGCCUUCCAGCCCAAGUGUGCCUACAUUGACAUGGCCACCUUCUCCUUGGACAGGCUUUCCUUUGAAGAUGGAAGGGGGAAAUGCCCCUACGACCCGGCGAAAGGAUACACUGGACUCAUUGUGGAGCAAGACCUGUACUCCGCAACGCUCAGCAACUUCCUGGGCACUGAAUCUGUGAUCUUGCGCAACCUGGGCGCUCAGUAUUCUGUCAAGACCGAACUUCUCCACACUUGGCUCAACGAACCCCACUUUGUGGGCUCAGCGUUCAUCCAGGAGAGUAAAGGCAGCGACAGGGGCGAUGACGACAAGGUCUACUUCUUCUUCAGCGAACGGGCGGUGGAGUUUGACUGUGACAUUGACCAGGUGGUGGCUCGCGUGGCCAGAGUCUGCAAGGGGGACAUGGGUGGCGCUCGUACUUUGCAGAAGCGCUGGACGACGUUCCUUAAGGCGCGGUUGCUGUGCUCCAUUCCGGAGCAGCAGCUGCAUUUCAACCGGAUCCAGGGGGCCUUCACUCUGAGUGGGGACCACUGGCGCGAGACCAGCUUUUUCGGCGUCUUCCAAGCACGCUGGGGGGAUGUGGAUGUUUCUGCCAUCUGCCAAUACCAGAUUUUGGAUGUGCAGAAAGUGUUUGAAGGUCCCUUCAAAGAGUACAGCGAGAUUGCCCAGAAAUGGGUUCGGUACUCGGACCAAGAGCCCGUCCCCCGUCCUGGAGCUUGUAUCACAGAUUGGCACCGGCACAACAGUUUCAGCAGUUCUCUAGAGCUGCCAGACAACACCCUCAACUUUGCAAAGAAGCACCCGCUGAUGGAUAAGGUGGUGCAGCCCCAAGGCAACCGGCCCCUGCUGGUCAAGAAAGAUGCCAACUUCACCCAGCUGGUGGUGGAGCGAGUUCACGGCUUGGAUGGCCGGCCCUACAAAGUGCUGUACAUUGGGACAGAUAACGGGUGGCUGCACAAGGCAGUGGUGCUGCCCUCGGGCGUCCAUCUCAUUGAAGAGCAGCAGAUCUUUGAGCGCGCCCAGGCGGUCAAGAGCCUGGUGUUAUCCCUGCAGAAGAGGGUGCUGUUCGUUGGCUCCAACUCCCAAGUGAUUCAGCUCCCUGUAGCUGACUGCAGCAAGUACCACUCCUGCUCCGACUGCCUCCUCGCUAAGGACCCUUACUGUGCUUGGACCUGGAACGGGAGUCGCUGUGUCCGCAUUGAUGCUUACGAUGGGACCUCGUUGCUGCUCCAGGAUUUGGGAGUGGAGCCGGCGAUGUGCAACCCCUUGCGUGCUUCUAGGCCAGGAACCAGAGUAAUUGCCAAGAAUAUCACCGUGGUGGCCGGCACGGACCUGGUGCUGCCUUGCCGCCUCACCUCCAACCUCGCCAGGGCCCUCUGGACCUUCAACGGCAAGGAUUUGCCCGAAGAACAGACCUCGGUCCUGUACGACUCCCACCUGCAGGCACUGAUCAUCUUGGGCGUCAGUCUGAGGCACGGUGGGAGGUACAGGUGUGCCCAGCUGGAGGAGCUCAAUGAACUGACGGCGGAGAGCUACGUGGUCUCCGUGGUGUCUGGCCCGGCCAUGUCGCUGGAAACCCGGGCUCCCCUGGAGAACCUGGGCCUGGUGUGGAUGGUGGUGAUCGCCCUGUCGGCCAUGUGCCUGGUGCUCCUGCUGGUGGUGUUCUCCUUGCGGCGCCGGCUGAGGGAAGCGCUUGAGAAGGGCUCCAAGGCCAUCGAGAGCACCUUGGUCUACCCCAUUGAGCCCCCCAAGGAGGCCAAGAGCCCCACGUUCAUCCCCAGCGCCACCUCGGACUCUGACGAGAAACUCUGGGACCCGGCCAGCUACUACUACUCGGAUGGCUCCCUCAAGAUCGUCCCGGGCCACGCCGUGUGCCAGAACGGGGGCACCACCCCCUCGCCCACCGCCAACGGCAUCCCCGGCCAGCCGCUGCAGUCCCCGCCCCUUCACUCGCCCAAUCGCAUCAACCUGGGCAACAUCCGGGGCUCCUCCUCCAACGGCUACAUCCGCCUCAACCUGGGCGCUGAGGAGCGGCCGGACUACAGCGACCUGGCCGAGGAGCUGCGCCGGAAGCUCAAACAGCGGCAAGCACUGCCUGACUCGAACCCUGAGGAGUCGUCCGUAUGAGCCGCGGCGUGGACGCGCCCUGCAUCUUUCUCAACUACCUCAUAAACAAGGCCAGGAUCACUGCCCCUAGCCAGGACUACUACGAUGACGACGACGACGACGUCCCUGUUUUUUUAAUCCUAUUUAAGGACUUCCUUCGGACACUUUUUUUUUUUUUCUAACAACCUCCCCAAUUUUUAUACACUGCCAAGACAUUCUCUUGCCGUGCUGCUCAGACGUUCAGUGUUUUAAGCCGUGCUUCCUUGCGGGAUAUCGCCCGGACUCCGUGGGAGGUGUUUUCACUCUCCCUUUGCCUUGGAUGGAGAGUCCAUGGGCUUCACUGGGGACUUAAUCAUUGACAGACGGACUAGUGGGGCCAAAUCCAGGCCUACUUCUUGUCGAAACGGCCCCAUGAGUAAAGACAAUGCUUGAAGGGUCGUCGGGACAGGCGAGCCCGAACCUGGUUCCCAGGGCAACGCUGCCAUUGGGCUUCGUACUGUUCGAUCUCUCCCUUCUCUGUCCCAUACCUGACCAGUAACUACCGGCCAUAUGCAAUAGUUGGGCCAGGUUUAGUUGAGAACCUGCUUCCCUCCCCCCGCCCCCGAAGGAAAUGAUGAUGACUAGGGGGGUGGCCUAUAAAUCCUCCCCUCUGGGUCCUGAGGCAACAUGGCGAAGUGGGGCUGGGCCUUCCUUUUAAGGGCAGGAGUCCUGAGGAGAUGUGUUGGGAAAGGCACCCAAGGAGGCGUGUGAGAGAGGGCCUCUUGGAAAUAAAAGGAGGCCCGCUUCUCCUUGGUGUGCUCUCUCGCGGUAGAGGAGCGUUCGUGAGCUCCAGAGAGAGCCUCACCCUGGAGAAGAGCUCUGUUUGUAAAGGGCCGGGCCGGAAGGUGAGGCUUCCAGGGAGUGAGCCCAGCAAGAAUGGGGGUAAAUUGCAUUCCCCCUGUUCACUUGCCAAAGGCCUUGUCCUGCCAUUUCACUCGGGCAUGUCCAGGAGAUCUCCUGAGUAAGUUGUCAGGUCAGUUUGUGCCCUCCGUCCCUGACCUUCUGCCUGAGGGUGCCCCUUUUCCUUGCCCAAUGAAGUUUUGCCUCUGGAGGGUGUGUGUGUGUAUAUAUAUGACAGAGAGAGAGAGAGAGGCCUAAUCUACACCAAGCAGGGUAUUGCACUAUGAAAGUGGUAUGCAAGCGAUAUAUAAAAGGCAGGAGCCACACUACUGCUUUAUAGCGGUAUGGGCCCUUUGACACACGCCAUAUACUGCUUCCAUACCGCUAUAUCCUGCUUGGUGUGACUCCUGCCUUUUACAGUGGUGGCCAAAAUUGUGGAUGCUUUUUGAAAUGUUCAUGUUUUGCAACUUUGCGUGCUUAUAGAAAAUGUUCUGUUUCACGAAAUUCAAAUGUUUUUAUAUCAAUUGAAAGAGAAUGUAAUGCUGAAUUCAAUGCAAAAAACAGAAUGCAAAUAUCUGCGGUACAAAAAAAGUUUAUGCGUACUUUAGUCUAAAAACAAACAGGUGUGAUUGAGCAAAGAAGCAGAUAGGAAUUGCGAACCCUACUGGCCAAUCACAGUCCUUGUUCUGGGGACCAGCCACAUGGCCGCAGCUGCGAUACGUCAUGUUCCAAGUUGGGGCAAGUCAGUUCUGCUGUUUGUUCUGUAACUGAAGCGCAAUUGGAGAUGGUGUGAAUAUUUGAAGUAUUUCUCAAAUUUAAAGUGUACGUACGCACAUCAUAAAUACAGCCAUGGCACCAAAGAAAAGAGUUGAUUGGGCAUCCAGGAAAAGAAGCAGGAUUGCUGUAUUAUGUGAAUCAGGUCUUUCAAUUGAUAUAUAAACGUUUGAAUUUCGUGAAACAGAACAUUUUCUAUAAGCAUGCAAAGUUGCAAAACAUGAACCUUUCAAGAAGUGUCCACAAUUUUGGCCACUACUGUAUAUACUGCUUUCAUAGUGCAAUAUCCCACUUGGUGUAGAUUAGGCCAGAGAGAGAGAGAGAGAGAGAGAGAGAGAGAGAGAGAGAGGACUGUGCGCCUUUAAGAAAAUUACUGACUGCUGUGACUAAACUGAGCUUCCUUGGCCCUCCAUUUUUGGGGUGGGGAGCAUGCGGUGUAGAUACCCCUGAGACCCCCUGGCUGUCGCCCUGCCUGGUAGCCAAGCUGUCUGUGCAGCCGGACCCUUUUCUUACCCUGCAUGCUUCACACUACGGCCGCCAACUGACUUUGCUCUCCUUCCCUCUUUUUAUCUUGUUUUUUUUUAAAAAAACACACGCUGUAAAUAAUAAGACAGGCUUCUUGGUAAAAUGCCUUGCGUUCCACCCCCCCUCGG